ACGGGCCUCCCAGGAUGGACAACAGAGCUGAUGGCGACGACGAGCCGAAGGAGGUUUCCAAUGUGGUCAAGCGCAUGACCAUGGCCUCGAGCCCGCAGGGGUGCUUGCCUCCGUGGGAGUCAGAGCGAGUGAAGCGGAGGGUCAAGGAGAGGUGCGCGCGCUGCGAGGAGUGGAAGCGCAAGUUCAGGGAUCAAAAUGUGAGCUACUUUCGAGAGAGCGGCCACCUCCAUCACGCGAUCAAGAGGCUGCUCAAUAGGUGCUCGGACUUCCUGACGGAGAAGCAGUACAGGCAGCUGGAGGCGUCCCUCCAGCUGGACGUCCGCUUCUUCUCCGAGCACAGCGGCGUGGACGCGGACUUCACCGACGAGUCUCCCAGGUUCCAGCGAGGCGACGAGGCGGUUGCCCAGCUGCAGGAGAAGAUUGCCAACCUGGAGCAGGAGAACGAGGCGCUGCAGGGGCACAACGACGAGCUGGAGGCGAGCCUCCGGCUCGCGCACGGCACGGCCCUCUCCCACAGAAGGCCGGCCCACCCAGCCCCCCUGAGAGCCGCCGGGGUCCAUGUGCACUGCCAGACCGGCUCCGAGCACAGCGAAGAGUUCUCGUUCCAGGCGGAUGUGAGCGACGUGGUCAAGAAGGAGCUGGACAAGGUGACGCAGAGCCGGGACAGCCUGGCCAAGGCCCUUCAGGCGGCCCAGGCGGACGUGAAGGCCACGGCUGCCGAUCGGAGCUCGCUGGAGCAGAGGGUGCGGGACCUGGAGCAGCAGCUGGAGCGGAGGUUCAGCGCCGCCAUUCCCGGCGUGCAGCUGCCUCAGGGCGCGCGGCUGCCCCAAGGUGCGAGGGGAGCCUCGCGGGCCCCGAAGGCCCAGAAUCCGGACGGGAGCCCGGCGCACGUCCGCGACGCCUCGCUGGUGGUCGAGGAUGAAUCAGCUGCAGAGGCGGGGAGCCCGGUGGGCGUCCGCGACGCCUCGCCGGUGGCGGGGCGGCGGUUCGUCGAGGAGGUGGCGGAGUCGGACCUGCGCGUGCAGGAGGCGCUGGGCGUCGACCAGGCGACCUCGCCCGUGCACCGGGGGCGCCGGCUCUCGCUUGGCAUCGGGGACGCUGCCGACAGCGACGCCGGGUCCCCGAAGGGGAACUUGGAGACGGCGUCGUUCACGGAGGCCAGCACGCGGCUGUGCGAGGAGCGCAGCGCGGAGGUGCAGACGGAGCCCCGCGAGACCGCGGACUUCGGCAUGCAGGUGGAGGAGUGGGACCUCGCGGGCGGGGCGACGGUGCGCAUCCGGGGGGACGUCUCGCACCAGGCGCAGGAGCUGCAGCUCACGCGCAAGAAGAAGUCCUUUGCAAAGGCCCUGCGCGAGGAGCCCAAGCUCGGCAUCGGCGGCGGCGGCGCAGGCGGCGCAGGCGGUCGGAGUGCACACGCCGGACGUUGCCGAAGAAUCGAAGAUGCCGCGCAGCCAGUGGCCUUCGGCCUGCCCCGCCACCGUGCCUCCGGGCCGUCCUGGGCGCGUCUUGGAG